UUUUGGUAUCAUUUUUGUUGUUUGUCCUAUGUUAUGAUCCUUUUAAAUGUAAAACUUAACUCUUUUCACUAUUAUCGCACUGCUUGUAUUGGUUUGAUCAGUGUAAGUUUUGUAGGAAUAUGUUCGUUAGUGAAUGUUUUCAGUGAAGCCGGUGAAUGCUUUUUGACAGUUUUUAUUAGCUUAACACUUUUAUAUGGUUUUCUGGGGCAGUUUAAGGGAAAUGUUCCUCACAAUGUCUAAAGUUUGAAGUUAAAACUAUGCAAACACUGUAUCAUUGUUUGUAUAAUAUGUUUCUCUCAAAAAUAGUAUUCACUAGAAUUUUGAAUAUAUUGAGUUUUCACACCGCAGGAUCUCUACUGGAUUAUUCAACUUAAUGCCUUCCCUUAACGUAAUUGUUUUCACGUUUCAGAUCACAUAUACGUUGAUGUAAUACCAACUAACAAACGAGGAAUGAUGAUUAACCCACGUUCGUGGAUGUCUGACCUUCCCUGUCAUAUAUCGCAGAAGGCCCUUAAUCUAAUAAGCAUUCCAGGUAGUCAUAAUUCAUUUACGUAUUCGAUUACUCAACAUAGUCCUCCUUCUCCUGAUGGUUCUAUUUGUCGUUUGGAUACAUGUUUACCUCGUUCAUUUUUAAGCCGAAUAUUGUAUCCUUGGAGUGUAACACAAUCACUAAGUUUAGUUGAUCAGCUGGAAGCUGGAAUUCGAUAUUUUGACUUUCGUAUUUGUGCACGACAAAAAUGUUUGAACAAAUGUAAAAAUGAUGAAUCUGAAUUUUAUUUGGUACACGGACUGUACGCGAACAUGUUAUCUACAGAACUUCAGAGCAUUCUUGGUUUCCUCAAAGCCAAUCCUAGAGAAGUUCUCAUUGUAGAUUGUAAUCAUUGUUAUCAUUUUGAAACUGAUGAACAGAAAAAUUGUUUUGAAUCAACUGUUUUAAAGAUUUUAGAUUCUAUUAUGUUCCCUUACCAAAAAAUUAUUCCAACAUUAGAAGAACUUUGGAGUGCUAGGCAACAAGUUAUAUUUAUAUCCUGCCAUCGAAAAUCCCCCGAGAAGAUCCAUCCGAAAUUCUGGCCUUCUAGUAGCAUAAAAUCAUUUUGGCCGGAAACUGUUGGUCCACGGGCUAUGAUUUCAUUCCUAAAUAGCCAUAUUAAACCACAUCUUCAUAGACCUGAUAAUAUUUUCUCUGUGCACCAAGGUGUUCUUACUCCAACUUUAUCAUUCAUUUUACUGCAUCCAUUUGGUUCAGUUCAUCGUUUAGCUAAAAUAGCUGGAAAGUAUUAUCAACGAUGGUUAAAUAAACCAGAUCAGUUAGCUGGACCAGAUGGUAUUAACAUCACACUUAUUGACUUUUUUGCAACCACUUACCCAACAUAUAUACAGGAUGUUGUAUCAAUAAACUAUAAAACAUGGCCAAACGAUAAAACAUCUAAUUAAGAUUUUUUUAUCACCAAUGUUUUAUUAUUUUUUGAUUUUUAAUUUUAUUUAUUUCUACUUUCAUAUCUCCCGAAUUAACCGUUAUGUUUUAUAAAUUCUACGAUUUCAAUUUGUACAAUUCUUUUCAUUUAAAGUAUAUGGUUACUUCUCUUUUUUUGCAAUAUUUAAAGAAAAAGAAUGAAAAAGCUAAAGUAGAGCUGCUUUCUUAGUUAACAUACAAAUUAUGGUGUUUUUUAGAAAUGCUUACCUUCAGUAUUCCUAUUAAACUUGAUCUAAUGAGUAUUAGACGAUGCUAUUCAUUUCCCGUCUUGUUUUUGUGUGAAUCAACCAAUUUAGUUUAAGUAUACAGAUGUGAUAUAUCUUAUUUAGACCGAAAUGAUAUUGUUUGUUUUAUGAACAUAUGUAUUAAGCCAACUAAAAAUGUUUAAUACAUGCUUUGGAUUUCUCAAAUGUUAGAUAACACUUCAAGAUUACUACAUUAAUCAAUAACAAUAUACAUCACCCUCAAAAGUGGGCUGAUAGCAAAA